AUGCAAUGCAACGAUCCAAUCAGAAGAAUUGGGGUUGGAUUGUUUGGAGGAAGUACAGUGGCCCCCCACCUAACAGACCUCUCGUGUAAGGUCGGUACUCCUUCGCACAACCCGCCGAAAGCAAAUUUUUCCAGAAAGCAGAAAAAAUCCAUGGAACGUUGCAGAUCCGCACCUGUUUUCACGUCCGACAGACCGUCAACAUCGUCGACAGGAUCCUUACCGACUCUCGGACCCAUUUCCCGUCGACCCGUGACACCGUCGACGCCAGUGCCGUCGACACAGGAACCAACAACGCCGCCGGCUAGUGCGAAAAAGUCUCGUCACCGAUUCGCGGGCCUCGACCGACGCAGGGCAGAGAAAAUGUUGCGAGUGACGAAGUCCGAAGCCACGCUCGACGUCGUCCUUGUCAAUAAGGAGAAAGACGACGUCGACGAUCGACGUCGUUGGCACAUUGGCACAAGUUUGGUCAGUGUUACCAACGAGUGCCAAAAAAGCCCGUCGGAGCCUCUGAAGCCAAUGGAAUUUUCCGCGACUGCGAAAAACGCGCCGUAUGUCGUCGGUCUUGAAGAAGGAUUAUUUCCAGAGAAACGGAGCUACAGCUCUAGAGAUGUUGCGAGGAUCCCCGGGGAUCCCAGUGGUGUUCUGCUGCUUGCAGUUCUUAUCCACGACCGUCAGUCAAGGGAAGGCAGAAUCCCUGCGGACUUCUCCAGGGGUUGCAAGGAGGUUUACCUGGACACUGAUGGGUUCGUGAAGACACGUGACCGGAAAUGCAGCUUUAGUUCCGGGGAACUGGCGAAACUGGGUGUGGUAUGCCAGUCAGGAAUUCCACUGAGUUGUCCUGAUUCAAUUCCAUAUGCCGGACUGGAGGUGAAGGAAGCUGCCAGAAAUAUACCUUCUGGAACAGCAGUUGCUGGAAACACAAUAACUUUUAAAUGCGAUCGCUGUGUGAAAACAUUCAAGAACUUUCCUGAUGAAAAUGAAAUAGUUUCAAAAUGUUAUGCAAAUGCUGGCUGGUUCCCUUACAAGUCACUUAUCGGAGACUGCAAAUUACCCUGCAAUGGAACGAUUCCUGUUGUGAAGAACAGUGAUGAAAACUGCGCAUCCACAACCACUGGCACAACUGGAUCCACAACUGGUGGCACAACUGGGUCCACAACCACUGGCACAACUGGAUCCACAACCACUGGCACAACUGGGUCCACAACCACUGGGACAAGUGGAUCCACAACUGUAACUUCAACGUGUUUGGCAUCAUCUCAAACAUGGACAAUUCCACCUCAGACCUGUGAACCUGCCUGUUCUGCAAAUCUCACAGUGGUUAAUGAUACAAGAACAGACUUCAGUGGAGAAAGAUUCAUCAAUUCCACAGUGACUUACAUAUGCAAGCCUGGUUACACAUACAAUGAAAGUGACCCUCUGGACACCAAGAGAUCCAUUAUGUGUCAAUCUGACAAGACUUGGCAGACCUGGGACAAGAAGAACAAAUGUGUCCCACAGCCACCCAUCAGACUCACUUCAGGUUCCAAUAACGGU